AUGCCUGCAUUUGCGAGGUAUUUGAAAGAUCUGCUAAUGAAGAAGAGGCCUGUGCAACAUGAAACAGUGAGUUUGACUCACACUGUGAGUUUUAUUAUUUCGAUAACAAUAGUUCAGAAGAAGGCAGAUCCUGGGGCAUUCACCAUUCCUUGUUCUAUCAGGUAUCAUGAUUUUGCUCAUGCUAUGUGUGAUAAUGGGGCUAGUAUAAAUUUAAUGCCACUUGCUAUUUAUAAGCAAUCAGGAUUGAGGAUUCCUAGGUGGACGAUGAUGCGAUUACAGAUGACUGAUAGAUCUAUUCAAAGGCCAGUAUGCAUGGUUGAUGAUGUUCUUAUGCGGGUCGGUGAUUUUUUGUUGCCUGCAGAUUUUAUGAUUCUUGACUGUGCUGUUGAUCAUGAUAGUCCCAUCAUUUUAGGGAGAACUUUCCUUGCUAUGGGAAGGGCUCAUAUGGAUUCAGAAAAGAAUGAAAUAAAAUUCCAAGCCAAUGAUGAAGAGGUGACUUUCUAA